AUGCAGCGCCUCGCCUCCUCCCGGAGGCUCCUCCAGGCGGCGCUCGCCCCCGCCCGGGCCAACUCCAGCCUCUCCGCGGCCGCCGCCGCCGCCGUCGCCGUCGCCGCGCCCGCGCCAGAGAAUGGCGCCGACGCCGUCCCCAAGAUGCCGGCCUUCGACUACACGCCGCCGCCGUACGACGGGCCGCGCGCCGAGGAGAUCUUCCGGAAGCGGGCUCAGUUCCUCAGCCCAUCCCUCUUCCACUUCUACGAUCGCCCUUUGAACAUAGUCGAUGGAAAGAUGCAGUACCUAUUUGAUGAGGAUGGCCGUCGUUACCUUGAUGCUUUUGGUGGCAUUGCAACAGUUUGUUGUGGGCACUGCCAUCCAGAUGUGGUUGAAGCCAUAGUAAACCAGGCAAAGAGGAUCCAGCACUCCACAGUUCUAUAUCUCAAUCAUGCCAUUGCAGAUUUUGCAGAGGCAUUGGCUUCCAAAAUGCCUGGUGGUCUGAAGGUUGUUUUCUUCACAAAUUCAGGCACGGAGGCGAAUGAGCUUGCACUGAUGAUUGCACGGCUUUACACUGGUUGCAAUGACAUUAUCUCUCUUAGGAAUGGAUACCAUGGGAAUGCUGCUGGAACAAUGGGUGCUACCGCUCAAUCCAAUUGGAAAUUCAAUGUUGUUCAGACCGGAGUACACCAUGCGCUUAAUCCAGACCCCUACAGAGGUGCUUUUGGUUCUGACGGGGAGAAAUAUGCCAGAGAUGUUCAGGAAAUCAUUGAAUUUGGGACUACAGGGAGAGUUGGUGGUUUCAUUUCGGAAGCCAUACAGGGGGUUGGUGGAAUAGUGGAAUUGGCACCAGGAUACUUGCCCGUGGCAUACGAUAUGGUAAGGAAAGCCGGUGGACUCUGCAUCGCUGACGAAGUUCAGGCAGGAGUUGCGCGAACUGGAAGCCACUUCUGGGGAUUCGAAGGGCAUGGUGUCAUCCCAGACAUAGUCACUAUGGCCAAGGGUAUUGGGAAUGGCAUACCCAUAGGCGCUGUCGUGACAACGCCAGAGAUUGCUCAGGUGUUGACCCGCAGAAGUUACUUCAAUACCUUCGGUGGUAACCCUGUCAGCACUGCGGGCGGGCAUGCAGUGCUCAAAGUGCUGGAGAAGGAGAAGCUCCAGGAGAAUGCGUUUGUUGUGGGGUCCUAUCUAAAGGAACAGCUUAACAAGCUGAAAGAGAAGCAUGAAAUCAUUGGUGAUGUUAGGGGCAAAGGCUUCCUUCUUGGAGUUGAGCUGGUGACAGACUGUGAAAAGAAAACCCCAGCCAAAGCUGAAAUCUCACAUGCCAUGAACCAUAUGAAAGAUAUGGGAGUGUUGGUUGGGAAGGGUGGUUUCUACGGGAACGUUUUUAGGAUAACACCACCGUUGUGCUUCACCAAAGAGGACUCCGACUUCUUCAUUGACGUGAUGGACAUUGCGCUCUCGAAGCUGUGA